CAAUGAAGCGGUCCGUUGGGGCAGGCACGUCGACCGGCACGGGCAUGUCCACACGGACCCGGAGUCCAGAGCGCAACGAUGAUGGUGAUAAUCACAAGCGUUGCCGCCUUUCUAACUUGACGUCGAAUAAGAAAUCGCUGAACUCGACCCCCCACGACAUCACGUCAAGGAGAAGCAUAGGGACGGCGAAGACACAUACUAGCCAAAUGAUGCAACGCGAGACUGACGAACGCAAACUCGCUCAACGCCAAAAGCAGAUCGACUUUGGCAAAAACACAAUUGGCUAUGAUCGAUACCUUCAGAGUGUUCCCAAAACAUCACGACAAUUUGGAGUGCAUCCUUCCACUCCAGACAAGUAUGCUGUGGCUAGCAAGCGCGCAUGGGACGGCCGAAUCCAAGCAUGGCGAAGGCAUUUGCAUUUGUAUGACCCCGAAGCGACCACCCCAGCUCCUCGAUCCGCUUCCUCUGCACCCCCCAUGACUGCUGUUCCUUCCCAUGACACUGCAACAACACGACAGUCAGAAUCAGCACUUCCUCGGGCGACUUCUUCACAAGCUCCGGCACCUCGCACCGUCCAAGCUUCUCUUUUCGAUGCAUUUGACGACGAUACUAAAGCCCCAUCCGAAAUUGUCGACGAAGACGACUUGCUGUAGAAGUGGAAUGUUCAAGUGAACAUGGCGAAUCGAUCGUUGGUGGAAGAUGCCACUUCGGAGACGCUCAAACUCAAUCGUUCACGUCGAGUAAACUAGCGACGUGUGGUCGAGAGUCGAAACAUUCCUCUACGAGGGAUGCUGCGUGGGCCUGGGUGUGUGUUACAAUGUUUUAUAAAAGGCUGCACGAUGCCAUGGAC